CGUGGUGAACGUCGAGCCCGUCGAUUGGCGGGCGGCAAGAUGAGAGACGCACUUGAGGCACUUCAGGGACUGGGAGGCGAGUCCGUGCGUCAAAUCUGAAGUUUUUACCACGCGGCCGUGCAGCUUCGGAUGUGGCCCGGCGGUUUCAGCAGAUUCCCCCCAAGGCGAAGAAACACGACGACAUAAAGCAGCGGCGAGGAGCACGGCGGGGAACUUGGUUGCAUGGCACCUCAGUCGUGCGUAAUGAAUCCUGCGCAGGGAUCACCGCCCUCGACCGCUCCACCUGAGGACCGAGCCGCCGGCGGCACGGGGACCGACGAGCUGGACCUGUCACCUGUCCGCAGGUGUAAAACCAAAAGUUCAGACCUGCCCUUCAGCGUGGAGUCCCUCAUAUCAGACAGGCCGCUCGGCAGGAGCCGCCGCUCCCCCGAGCCUGCUCCAGACUGCGCCCGGGCAGAGGAGACCGAGUGCGCGUCACCGAGGGGACUACACCGGUCCAAACCGGAGGCGCUGGACCCCGGCGACAAGGAGGCGAGCCCCUGGUUUCAGUCUCCUUACGCAUCCCCUCCAAGACUUCCAAGCCCGACGUCUUGCAAUCUACGGAAACACAAGAAUAACAGGAAACCCAGAACUCCCUUCACAACCUCGCAGCUGCUGUCUCUGGAGAGGAAGUUCCGUCAGAAGCAGUACCUCUCCAUCGCGGAGAGAGCCGAGUUCUCCAACUCCCUCAGCCUCACAGAGACCCAAGUUAAGAUCUGGUUCCAGAACCGCAGGGCGAAGGCCAAGAGGCUGCAGGAGGCCGAGGUGGAGAAGCUCAAAUUGGCCACGAAGCCGCUGCUGCCGGGCUUCGCGUUCCCCUUCCCCCUGGGCGCACCCAUGGGCGCACCGUCCCUGUACGCGGCCCUGAACGGACCGCGGCCCGCCUUGCCUGUCCCGGGACUAUUCGGUGGACCGUAUGGGAUGUACUACUUGUCGUAACCCUCACUAACUUUGAACUGCGUCGUUGGGAAAGCGGCCUUUAAAAAUUCCUUCACACAGCAAAUAACAAACUCUGCAAAACAUGUUGAAAAAGCUGUUUGAAACCUUGAAUCCUAUUUGUAAAAUAUUUUUAGUUAUAGUAAAAAAAAAUCUAGGAGCAAGAAGAAUAUUUGUCCACGAAAUAUUUUCACUGAACAAACUACCUGGAUUUUUGUUUCAUUCAUGAAACACUUGGAACAGGAGCAGUUCAAUUUUUUUUCAUCUUUUCCCCGAAUUUUCUAUUUAAGAUUUACUUUGCGGUAAUUAUUUGUAUUUGUAUUUGUACUCAGUAAAAAGAAAUUACAUCUAAAUGACAAACUCUCAUUGAACACAUUUUUUUUUUAUUUCAACUCAAUUAUUAGCUAUUUCCAGCAUUUUCAAAUAUUUGCUUGAGUAAAUGUAAUUUUUAUGUUGAAAAAGAAGAUAACACGGAUUUAAAGCAAUAACUUGUGACACUCACUAAUAAUAAUUUCUAUUUCGGAGGCCUUUAAAAAAACUUGGUAUAGAAAACACAGAAGAACAAUCGACAUUUAAAAAAUCAAUUUAGACUAAAACCCCACUUUCUGUUUAAUUUGAGGAAGUCCAGUAUUACAGACUCGGAUUUGAUAAUGUGGCUGGCAGUCAGACUUUCUCUCAUAAUCUUAAAGAUAACAAAGAAGUAUGACUUGUAGAUUAUACCUAGAAUUAUAAUCAGGAGCAAUCUCACACUCUCUCACAGAGACAAAAAUAUUAUUAUAUCCAUAAAAAUACAAAUUAACUUUAAAAUACAUUUACAUUAUUGUUUUUUACAUUACCUCACAAGAACCUUUUAUUGCACAUCUGUUUGAAGAGCUCUUAAAAGUUCAAGUCCACGGUCACUUUCGUUGCAAAAUGUAAAUAAAACUAUUAUUCCAAACACUUAAAAAUGCUGAACUAGACUGACAGACUCACAUCAGUCAUUAAUGAACAGCAUAUUUUAUAUUUGAUGGGUGAAAAGGUGUUUUGUACAAUUAUUAAAAACCUCUUAUUUAAAACUC